GUGUACGAAUGCUGGAUGGAGACGUAACAGACAUGGUAGAAGCAAAGUCUCUAAGCCUUAAUCCCCAGCACAUCCACAUCUACAGUGCCAGCUGGGGGCCUGAUGACGACGGUAAGACUGUGGACGGACCUGCUUCUCUGGCACGUCAGGCCUUUGAGAACGGCAUCAGAAUGGGACGAAGAGGCUUGGGUUCAGUCUUUGUUUGGGCAUCUGGAAAUGGUGGAAGAAGUCGAGACCACUGCUCCUGUGACGGCUAUACCAAUAGCAUCUACACCAUCUCCAUAAGCAGCACAGCUGAAAGUGGGAAGAAACCAUGGUAUCUGGAAGAAUGUGCAUCCACACUAGCUACAACAUACAGCAGUGGGGAAUCAUACGACAGGAAAAUAAUCACCACAGACCUGAGGCAGCGUUGCACAGACAGCCAUACUGGAACCUCAGCCUCUGCACCUAUGGCUGCAGGCAUCAUUGCACUGGCACUGGAAGCAAAUCCAUUUCUGACCUGGAGAGACAUACAGCAUAUUAUUGUCAGGACUUCACGCGCAGGACAUCUGAAUGCUAACGACUGGAAAACCAAUGCGGCUGGUUAUAAGGUGAGCCACCUCUAUGGAUUUGGACUGAUGGAUGCUGAAGCAAUGGUGAUAGAAGCAGAAAAGUGGACAACAGUCCCUCCACAACACGUGUGUGUGGAAAACACGGAUCGGCAAAUCAAAACAAUACGACCUGACAGUAUUGUCCGUUCAAUUUACAAAGCCACUGGCUGUUCAGAUAAUCCUAACCACCAUGUGAUCUACUUGGAGCAUGUCGUUGUGCGCAUCACUAUUACUCACCCUCGACGUGGAGACUUGGCAAUUUACUUAACCUCUCCUUCUGGAACUAGGUCACAGCUCUUGGCCAACAGGCUGUUUGAUCAUUCCAUGGAAGGAUUCAAAAACUGGGAGUUUAUGACUACUCACUGCUGGAGUGAAAAAGCAGCAGGUGACUGGAUCUUGGAAAUCUGUGACACUCCAUCUCAGCUGAGAAAUUUCAAGACGCCAGGCAAAUUGAAAGAGUGGUCCUUAGUACUAUAUGGAACAUCCAUCCAGCCUUACUCACCAAGAAAUGAUUUUCCAAAAGUGGAAAGGAAAGAAGACCCUACAGAAGAUUAUGGAACAGAUGACUAUUCAGGUCCGUGCAAUGCGGAAUGCAGUAAAGUAGGGUGUGAUGGGCCAGGACCAGAUCAUUGUACUGAUUGUCUGCACUACUACUACAAAUCUAAGAACAACACACGGAUCUGUGUUUCGACCUGCCCACCUGGUCACUACAAUGCAGACAAGAAACGCUGUAAAAAAUGCUCACCCAAUUGUGAAACCUGUGUUGGAGGCCAUAGUGACCAGUGCAUGACCUGUAAAUCUGGCUACUACCUGAAUGAAGUAACCAAUAGCUGUAUUACCAACUGCCCUGAUGGGUUUUACCUGGAUAAGAAUAAGAUUGUUUGCCGAAAAUGUAGUGAAAACUGUAAGACAUGUGUUGAAUUCCAAAUCUGCACAGAAUGCAAACAUGGCCUAAGUUUGCAUGGCACUAAAUGUGCUAUCCGUUGUGAAGAAGGAAAAUACCAUAAUGGUAGAGAAUGUGAACCAUGCCACCGUUCCUGUGAGACAUGUGCAGGUGCUGGGGUAGAUGCCUGUAUAAACUGCACACAGGGUUAUUUUAUGGAAGAUGGAAGAUGUGUCCAGUCUUGUAGUAGUGGUUAUUAUCUUGAUCACUCUACUGAAAGCGGAUACAAAAGCUGCAAAAGGUGUGAUGCCAGCUGUUUGGAUUGCAGUGGUCAUGGAGACAGAAACUGUACGAGCUGUCCAAGCGGCUAUAACCUAGACCAUGGUGUCUGUGUAGUGGGAACAGUCUGCAAGGAUGCCACGGAAGAGUCCUGGGCCGAGGGAGGAUUCUGUAUGCUGGUCAAAAAGAACAAUCUCUGCCAGCGGAAAGUGCUUCAGCAAUUGUGUUGCAGAACAUGUACGCACAAGGGGUGAACUGACACUUCCCAGGAUCCUCCUGUUCCUGUAGACUUAUAGAUUAAUCCGUAUUAUUGAAAAAGGAAAAAA